UCUGAGCAAUAAUGUCAUACAACACAUUGCCGGCAACAACGCCAAAGUGGCAUAUAAGGACAUUUAAGUAUGAGGCCAUAGAAGAAGCAACCAAAAGCCAGCCAUACUAGCAAACAAAAAAAAAAAAAAGAGGGCGAAAGCGACAUGCAAUAGACUUAACAAUGCAAUUUAACAAUGGCAUUACAAGCAACAGCAACAACAACAGCAACGACAACAGCAACAUCAGCAGCGACAGCAACAUCAGCAGCAAACAGCUAACAAGCGUCUAAAGAGGAGGCUAUAAGGGCCAUAAAAUGGCAAAUAACACACGACAUGAUUUAAGAGAAUAGCGACAAAGCUAAGGCAACACAUCAACAACUUAAUAGGCUUAAAUCUCCCUCCCAAAAAAAGAGAAACACAACAGACAGCCAUUCAAGAGCAUUUCCAUAAAUGUUGUUGAACUAAAAUCUCCGAAGAAAAAAACUUCAGUGAAAAGAAAAGCCCAAAAUUUUGUUUGCAACACAGGGCUGUAGAGAAAAACGAAAAACAUUUACAACAUUAAUUGCAAGAGCCAGCUUUUUUGUUUGAAGGCAUCAAAGCAUCCAAAGUAGCUCUGGUUUUGUUUUUAACAUCCCCUCUAAGCUUUACAAAGUGUUUCAAUCUCAGCUAAAUGUCUGUUGUUGUUGUUGAUGAGGACUUGGACGACGAGCAACCAUCAAUGAGUGAAAUAGUUUUUAUAUUCUUCACUUGCAAUUUACAAUGUCGGACGUUGAAAAGGCGAUAUCCGGCUUAAUAGAGGAUGAAGAACUAUUGCAACAACAAACUCAGCAACUUCAACAGCAGCAGCAACAACACCAGCCACUACUUUUGGCCAAUACAAAAGCCAAUUCGAACAGCUAUAGUGGAAACAAUUUAAUACACCACCAUCAUCAUCAUCAGCAGCAGCAGCAGCAGCAUCAACAAAAACAACAGUUAGCACAACAUCAACAACAGCUGCAAUAUCAUCAUUCGCAACAGCAGCAGCUACAGCAACAGCAACACUAUAUCAGCGAGACCAAAUACCACCUCAGCAGCAACAGGCACACACGUUCCAACACUCUCCACAAUUGUUUAAGUCGUGCCCUCAAACUUGUUUUCUCCACACCAGGUCUGGUCGUUAUGGUUAUUGGCUACACAAUAAUGGGUGCCUUGGUAUUUCCUUUGCUCGAAGCUCCACAGGAUAUUAGCAAGUCCGCCAUUAUAGCCAAAUCACGAGAGGAAUGCCUCAAAGAGUUGUGGAUAAUAACAGAAAAAUUGAAUGUCCUCUAUGAGCGCAACUGGACAAUGCUGGUACAUGAACAAUUGAGACGCUUCGAGGGAACCAUAGUGGCAGCAACACGCAAUGUUGGCCAAACCAGUUCGUCACCAUCCUCGGCAUCCUCAUCAGGCAUGGGUGGUGGCAGUGGCAAUGGAGGUAGUGCGUCCAACAACGGUAAUCUGGCCUCAGAUGCAGCUGCGACAACGGCCUUGGGUCGCUUUGGUGGCAGUAAUUUCAUUGAAAACAACGAUUUCACCGCAACACGAUGGUCUUUCAGCGAGGCAUUGCUGUACUCGGUAACUGUGAUAACAACCAUUGGUCAUGGAAGUUUGACGCCGCGUACCACGGGCGGAAAGAUAGCUACAAUACUCUAUGCCUUAAUUGGGGUGCCCCUAAUGUUGAUGUGUCUCUCAAGUCUGGGAGCAAUAUUGGCCGAAGCAUUGCAGUGUACCUAUGCUCGUUUAUGUUGCCGAUGGCCUCAAUAUGUCCAUAAUAGUGAUGGUGGUGGUGGUGGAGGAGGCGGAGUAGGCACAACUGAAGCCCGUGCUGGUGCUGAAGGCGCCCUCAGCGACGAGGACGAUGAUGAGGAUGAAGAUAUCGUUGAUGGAUUGGGCCAAAAACCUCAACGCAAACGUCAACACAGACGUCUGGGCCGCAAGGAGGCGGCUGUUGGUGGUCUCGUUGGUAUAAAUCCACUUCAUCAAUGUGAAUUCCAGGAUCAUCACAACCAUGGGAUAAAUUGUAAAAAUUGUAAAUAUGAUGCCAUAAUUGGUGACACCAGCACUAAUAAUGUCUAUGACAACUAUAAAUGCAGCAACAUUGACAAUAGUCUAUCGGAUGAACUGACAGCUGCCAUGGGCGGUGGAGGAGGAGCAGCAGUAGUAUCAGCAGCAACAUCCUCUCCAACACCAACAGCAAAACUGGGACUAAAGGAUGGAAAACUCAAUCAACAACACCAAUUAAGCGCCUGCAUGCAAUUGAAAAUGUCACCAACCAUGGGAGUUACAACAGGGCAACAGCAACAGCAGCAGCAACAGUACUAUCAGCAAAGGCCAGAUGUCAUGCUAAUGACAACUGGCCACAAAUUGUCUUCAACGGGUGGCACUGGCACAAACUGUCGUUUGGUUCUGCCGCCACCCAAUUCUUCGGCAGCCGGUGCGGCAAUCACAGCAACGCCACGUUAUUACUCGCCACCCAUGGCCACCUACCACAUAGUCUCCUCGGCUUCGGCAAACUCCUCACCCACCCACCAGCAGGCCAUACGACACUACAUCAUACCGCCCACAUCGGUGCCUGUGAGUGGUGGAGGUGGCACGCAUCACUUUAUGGCCGUACCCACAAAUAUGCUGCGUUUUCAAACUUCUGCCAUUGCCACGGGCGGUUUAGGUGCUGGUGCAGGUGGCACUACCUCCAAUCUUAGCAUAAAUCCCUUGGCAAGUGGUUCCACCACAACAGUUUACUUUCCAAUUGUUACACCAGCUGCCAUGGCACAAAAUCCAUUAGCAUUAUCGGCAGGCACAACGGGCCAGGCGACGACCACCAUAUUGGCGGCAGCAUCUUCGCUGGCCUCAUCAGCGGCCACUACCUCCAUGCAACAACCUUUGGUUAAAUAUCACACCAUACAAAUGCCCCAUCGAAGGAAACAAAGUUUGAGUGUGGCUAAUGGUGAGGGCACAGAAGGUUCGGCCAGAGAAGAUGAUGAAACGUUGCCACCCCCUCCACCGGCCUAUCAAACGGCCACUAUACAUGGUAUAAGGCGAGCGAAAUUCUUAACAAAACCAUUACCCCAAGAGAUCAAUACGUUGCUGCAUGAAAGCGAUAUUUCCUGUCGGCACGAUUUAUCACAACCAUCCUCGUUUACAAGUGGAAGUGAGCAACACCAACAACAGCAACUUCAGCAAUCAAUAUCAGCCAUGCCAUCUGUUACAGCGGCAACAACGACAUCACACUCUGUCACCUAUGCAAGUGAAGUGCCAAUGCCAACACAACAACAGCAGCAACAAUAUCACCAUCACAUACAGCAACAACAACCAACCGUUAACAAUUUGUACAGCAAUACUUCAACUAUUUGUGUAGCAGCAACUUCAUCAACAUUAACCAACAACACUAAUAGUGGUAGCAGUGGUUGUGAGGGCAGUGCCAAUGCCAGUGUGGGUGUUAAUCUUUGUGAGAGCCAAGAAACGACAUCGCCAUUAACACUCAUGUCUACCAACAACACCGCUACCACCCACCACUCUCCUCAAACGACAGCCGAUAUUGUGAGUUCUCAGUACUCGGUGGCAGCCACAGCAGCAGGAAGUACUAACAUGUCGUCGACGUCCGCAGUUGAUAUCAUGGAAGACGAAGAAGAAUUAGAACAACAACGCUUGGGAAACUGCCCCCAUGGAACGCCCUCACGAGUGCCCUUGCUCACCUGCAACACCUCUACCAGCACCCAAGAAGAAAAAUCGACUGCACGUAGCUUCCUUCAUGCCACGGCCGCCACAAUCCAAAGACAUGCGAGUGGCUUCCAGCGCAACCAACCUACGGCCAUUGGGGCGGGCCAACAACGCAAGUCAAUGAUAAUCAACAGCAAAGGCGAGUGUAAUCUCCACAUACCCUCCAACACAGCUGCUCACAAACGGAGGAAUUCGGCCAUUUGUUAUCGUGACCACAUGGACACCUCCGAGGACGAUGAAUAUCCGUUGGAGGGCGAAAACAUGUACAAGCUGAAAAAUCUGCAACACCAACACCACCACCAUCCUCACCAUUCCCUAGCCCAACAGACUGAUAAACUUUUGCAUCAUUCCUCGAAUCGCAACAACGAUGAAUUGGACAACAAUUCAUUGGUUUCAUGCGAUAACUCCACCUCCGAAUCCUCCCAACUACCUCAGGUGCCCAUGCUGGUGGUCUUGGUCAUUUUGAUAUUUUAUGUUAGCCUGGGCACCGUUAUCUUUGCCUUGUGGGAAAAUUGGUCACUUAUAGAUGGCGCCUAUUUUUGCUUUGUCACCCUAACCACAAUUGGCUAUGGGGACUUUGUGCCGCUGCGCACCUUCCAGGGGCCGGAAAUCCAAUUGUUUGCCUGCUGCGCCUAUUUGCUGUUGGGCCUGGUACUGGUGGCCAUGUCCUUUAGCAUUUUGGAGACACAGUUGAUAUGGAAAUGUAAACGAUUGGCGGUGCGGCUGAAAUUGACCAAAGAAUGAUGCUGCAACAAAGGAAUACAAUUUGUAUAGAUGUCCUGGCUGCGGCAGCACUAAGGGACAAGUGUGUAUGUAAGGACUUUUUUCAGAAUUUAUAAAAGAAUACCAAAUUAAAAAAAAAAAAAUAUUUAAAACAAAAGCAGGCUUAGCUUAAUUAAGAAAACCCUAGUAUAAUUACUAAAACUAUAUUUGCAGUUUUGAUUUAACCUAUAUUUUACUAAAAGGCCUAAUAUUUCUUCAAGGUACAUCAGAA